AUGUCUCUCAAAUGUGCAACUCAACUAGGCAUACCGGAUAUUAUCCACAGACAUGGAAAACCGAUAACCCUGCCUGAAUUAGUAGAUGCACUCCCCAUUAACAAAGCCAGAGCGCACGGAGUAUACCGUUUAAUGCGAAUUCUAACUCAUUCAGGGUUUUUCAUUUUGGAAAACAUAUCUGGUGAUGACGAAAAGAAGGGGUACUGGCUUACAACAUCUUCUCGCCUCCUCAUACAAGACGAGCCCUUUGGCGUGGCACCACUUGUACUAGCAGUGCUUGAUCCAAUUUUCACUAAGCCAUGGCAUCAUCUAAGUGAAUGGUUUCAAAAUGAGAAUCCCACACCAUUCGAUACUGCACAUGGGAAGAUGCUUUGGGAGUAUACUGGGCAGGAUCCAAGGCUGAACCACUUCUUCAGUGAAGCAAUGGCUAGUGAUACAAAAUUGGUGACUAGUGUUCUUAUUAGAGAGUGUAAACAAGUAUUUGAAGGUUUGAAUUCAAUUUUAGACGUUGGAGGUGGAACUGGAACUAUGUGCAUGGCUAUUUCUGAUGCGUUCCCAAACUUGAAAUGCAUUGUGCUUGAUCUUCCUCAUGUGGUCGCUUGCUCAAAAGGAACUAAGAAUUUGAGCUAUGUUGCAGGCGACAUGUUUGAGCACAUUCCUCCUGCAGAUGCAAUCAUACUCAAGUGGGUAUUGCAUGACUGGAGCGAUGAUGAAGGUGUCAAAAUAUUGAAGAAAUGCAAAGAUGCAAUUUCAGGCAACUAUAAAGGAAAAGUGAUAAUUAUUGACAUGAUAGUGGAUGACGGCAAAGUCGACGACAAGGCUACUGAAACCCAACUCUUUUUUGAUAUGGAUAUGAUGGUUCAUGUCGCUGGAAGAGAGAGAAAUGAGAAAGAGUGGGCAAAACUUUUCUAUGAGGCCGGCUUCACUUACUACAAGAUAACCCAUGUAUUGGGAUUGAGAACUUCGAUUUCAUCUGAAUUUCAUUGUCCUAUUAUGGAUAAACUCUCUGGAUUUCCAAUAAUUUCAUUGUCCUAUGGAAUCCCAGAACUUCGAUUUCAUCUGAUAUAUAUUUGCAACGCUUCCAAUUUCGGGUGGGAAGAAUGUUCUUUCUGCUAA